UUUCCAUCACCCAACCCAAAAACAUUAAAGCUUUUCCUUUCCCCUUCUUCCCCCGAUCCACCCAUCAAACCAAAACCUAUUGGGACUCUUUCUUUUGUCCAUCCAAAGACUUGAGGCUUUUCUCCCCACUCAUGCAAAUUUCCUUUGUCUGCUGCGACUUUCUUUUCUUCUCUUUAUAUCCUUUUGCCUCCAAAUCCUUUUCUCAUCAAAAUAUAAUCCUUUUAUUUUAUUGCUUUGUUUUUAAUAGUUUAUUUUCCACAAAAUUUUUCUUUAUUUUGCCGAUAUAUUUUUUCUUUUUGAAUAAUAUUUUUCCUCCUUCACUUCUCUUUUUCAUUUCAUGA